GCGAACCCUAUAGCUGUGAGUGUUGGGGUCCUUCGAGGUUCAAAUGGAGUAGCUGAGUUGCAGAGGCUAGCUGAGGCAGUAAAUUUAGUAGUUUUAAAGUUUAACGGGCUCGAGUUUGGAUUAAUGUGAAUUACCGAAGGACAUUUCAGAGCUAGAAAAGACUUCAAAUCAGUUGAUGAAUCAAUACAUUUAAUCAACUUAUCAAGCAGUCACUGGACUUCUGCAAGGUGCUGAAGCUUGAUGAAAAUUAAACAUUCGAACACUGGAUAGUCUCUGCAUCUGCAUUUGAAGGGGGAAGAUUGCAUUAUACAAAGAGCUGCCAUGACUGUAGUAAUUGGGUUUGAAGGCAGUGCCAAUAAGAUCGGUGUAGGAAUCAUCAGGGAUGGUGAAGUUCUUUCCAACCCCAGACGGACUUAUAUCACACCUCCUGGUCAAGGAUUCUUGCCAAGUGACACAGCCAGGCACCACCGUGCCGUCAUACUGACUGUCCUGAAGGAGGCUCUGGAACAAGCAGGGCUGAAGCCUGCAGACAUUGAUUGUGUGGCGUACACCAAAGGUCCUGGUAUGGGUGCCCCCUUGGUAAUGGUGGCUCUGGUGGCUCGUACAGUGGCACAGCUAUGGGGGAAGCCGCUCCUUGGUGUCAACCACUGUAUCGGACACAUAGAGAUGGGUCGACUCAUCACUAAAGCCGCAAACCCUACUGUGCUUUACGUCAGUGGUGGGAACACACAGGUUAUUGCAUACUCAGAGCGACGAUAUAGAAUAUUUGGGGAGACCAUCGACAUUGCAGUUGGCAACUGUUUGGACAGGUUCGCCAGAGUUAUAAAGAUUUCCAAUGACCCCAGUCCAGGCUACAACAUAGAGCAGAUGGCCAAGAAAGGGAGUCAAUAUGUGGAGUUACCAUAUACAGUUAAAGGAAUGGACGUCUCAUUUUCUGGGAUUUUAUCUUACAUUGAGGAAGCUGCUCAUAAGAUGCUGCGUUCUGGUCGGUGUACAGCAGAGGACCUGUGUUUCUCACUGCAGGAGACGGUAUUCUCCAUGCUGGUGGAGAUCACAGAGAGGGCCAUGGCUCACUGUGCCUCCCAAGAGGUUCUCAUCGUCGGGGGUGUUGGCUGUAACCUGCGUCUACAGGAGAUGAUGGGGGUGAUGUGUAAGGAGAGAGGAGCCAAACUGUUUGCCACAGAUGAACGAUUCUGCAUAGACAACGGAGCAAUGAUUGCUCAAGCUGGCUGGGAGAUGUUUAGGUCCGGUCAGGUGACAGAGUUGGAAGACUCAUGGAUUACACAAAGGUACAGAACAGAUGAAGUGGAGGUGAUGUGGAGAGACUGACUGAUGGACUGAGUGACACAACAUCUUGGUGCUAAAUAUAUUGUUGCAGCAGGUCUGUUAUGACAGGUGGGGUGUAGUACAUCUGGCCUCUAAAGGGACACUUCGCCUCUCUUGACAGUCAAGAGUUGCAAGUCAAAGUGAAAUUAAGCAUUUUGCCAUAAGGAUAGCCAGAUCUUGUGGGGUCUCUAGUUUACUCAUGUUUAAAGAGUAAGUAUGGUGAUAUUCUAUAUUUUUAUUGUCAGCUGAUACCAUAAAAAGACCAAAACCAACAUUGAACUGAUCCUGCUAAGAAAAAUUGUCGGUAUCCAAAGGCUGAUAUAUUUCAUUCCUCUGUGCCAUAGAGCUCCAUUGUUGUACAAAAACUAUUAAAAACACAUCAGUGAGCCACAGCGUUGCACUGGGUGACGUUUUUUUUCAUUACAACAAACACACAGUGUAGUUUAUUUUUACUGAAUCGUACAUACGUUGUCCUGCUGCUGGAUAUACACCAAAUGUGUAUUAAUCCACAGCUGAAAUUAGUCCCCAACAAAUCCACUAUUUCCUCCUGUUUGACUAGUUUGCUCAAAGCUACAGUGCCCAGCUGUUACUGAGCCUUAUUUGAAAAAUGGAUUUUGAUAGUUGGGACCUGUUUUUAAAGACAAAUCUUCAGUAGGAAUGAAUGGGCUUGGGGCUGAGAGCUACACACAGGGUAGGGAAGUCAGAAGGUAUGUUGAGAUAGACUAACAUGUGUGUUGGUUUUGUUCUUUUUAUGGGAUUUAAAAAUACAGAAUAUUGCCAGCUUUUUCCUUUAAAAUUGCUUGAGGGAACUUCACUCUUUGGUGGCUGUUGAAAAUACUGCCGUAGUGAGAGGUAUAUAUUAUGAGCUUAGAAUUUUACUACCCACAAAUAUUGCAUAAAAACUACACACUCCUACAUAACUUAUUCUAGUCACUAGCGGUGGUGGAGCAUUCCCUGCAUGGCCCACCUCCUGCACACUUGAGUUCAAUCUGACGUGUUUAGUGGAAACGUCACAUUAACAUUGUCAGUUUGUGGGAUUUCAGUUGAUUUGUGAUACUACAUUGCCAAAACAUUUUUUUUUAAUUCAGAUAGCUGUACUUUUUUACAGCAGACUCUAGAGAUGCACUGAUAUGGAAUUUCAGGGCUUAUAAUUAUGUUUUGGCUGAUAGAGUAACUGAUAUUAUUAGUGUUGGCACUGCAAAAAUCUGAAGCGAACAUAAAGGCAAACUUUGGUAAGUAAAACACAACAGAACCAUGUUUGCAAAUUUCAGUCCCUGGUUUCUACGGUAUGGAUAUAACUGACCUUAAAAAUGUUUUUACUUCCUUAGACUCUGUCCCCGUUAACAACUGGCCACCAAUUUAUUGUACAUCACAAAAUCCUUAGUGCAGCUGGUUUUCCCUAUGAAAAGCUUGGUAGCAUCUUUUUUUUUUGCAAGAGGUUGUUUCCUGUUAUGUUCGGUUACAAAUUGCUAGUUGUCAGUUAUCAUGCACUUGUGAGAAAAAUAUUAACAGAAACGUGAUGUUUGACAUCAGCUUGUUCAGCAGCAAAUCGGAACUUCAUAUGUUCAAAUAAGAU